AUGUACAAAUCCAACUAUGAUAUCUACAAAUGCGAAAGCAUUGACAGCAGACGCUCGCCACCACCAGAUGAGCUGCUCUCCCCAUUGGCAACGCUCUAUCCGCAUGUGGCAGCCAUGCAGCCGCAGUACAACCCCAACAACUGCACCUUUACCGGUUACCAACAAACAAACUAUUGGGCUGCAGCCUACACUACACAGCCCUUGGAUGAGACAGCCGAAUUAACACGACGAGGCAGUGAACAACCAUGUCGCCGCUUAGUAUCCAAGCUUCGUCGCUUCCUCAGCCGAGACGACUUGAAAUAUCGUCGACGGUCCGAGGCGACUACAAGAACAACACUCUUUUGA